AGAAUAUUAUUUAAUAGUACCCAACAUGAUUACAAGGUUUGGACUAAGGAACUUCAGCUCAGCCACAAGCAAGAAGGUCGGAUUCAUGGGCCUCGGGAAUAUGGGAUUCUCUAUGAUGAGAAAUUGUAUGAGCCAUGGCUAUGAAAUCACUGCUUAUGAUGUCGAUGAUAAGAUAUUAGAAAAAGCAGAAGAAUUAGGUGCUAAAAUUGCUCCUGAUGUGAAAGCAGCAGCUACAGAUCAAGAUUUUUGUCUCACUAUGUUGCCUAAUACAGAUAUCGUCGAACAAACUAGAAUGGGAAGCAAUGGUAUCUUUGAAAAUGCCAGAGAAGGUGCUUAUAUCAUUGAUUCCAGUACUAUCUCUCCUUCAGCAUCAAGAAAAAUGGCAGAAGAAGGAGCUAAACUAGGAUUUAAAGUAGCAGAUGCUCCUGUCUCAGGAGGAGUCACUGGAGCAGAAGCCGGAACUCUUACUUUCAUGGUUGGAUGUAAGAAAGAUCACUUUGAUGGAGUUAAAGAUUUCCUCAUGUCAAUGGGAUCUAAUGUUUUCCACUGUGGAGCCCCAGGCACAGGACAAACUUCAAAGAUCUGCAAUAAUUUAAUGCUUGCUAUUCAAAUGAUGGCUGUCUCUGAAGGACUUGCUCUCGGAGAAAAGCUUGGAAUUGACCCAGCUGUUCUAUCCAAGAUUUGCAGCACCUCAACUUCAAGUUGUUGGACUUUAAAUACUUACAACCCCAGACCAGGAAUCCUUGAAGGAGUUCCUUCAUCAAAUAAUUAUGAUGGUGGCUUUGGGGUAUCUCUAAUCAAAAAGGAUCUUAGUAUUGUUCUUGAUUCUGCUGCUGAAGUUAACCUCGAUCUUCAAUUUGGAACAAAGGCAAUUGAAUUCUACCAUGAGCUUGAAAGACAAGGUAAAGGCAACAAGGACUUUGGUAUUGUCUACCAAUACAUUAAUUCUUUGGAGAAGAAGUAGAAUCUGUGAAUAUAUCAUUCUUUAUUCAAUAAGAUUCAUUAAUA